GCGGCGGGGAGGCGGCGGUGGCUGGGACCAUGGCGACGGGCGGCGGGCAGGGUCGGCCCGCCCUGCUGCUCCUCCUCCUCCUCCUCCGGCCGUGCGAGGUGAGCGGGCGGGAGCCGGCGUGUCCGCGGCCGUGCAGCGGGCGCUGUCCGGCCGAGCCGCCGCGCUGCGCGCCGGGGGUGCCCGCCGUGCUGGACGGCUGCUCCUGCUGCCCGGUGUGCGCCCGGCAGCGCGGCGAGAGCUGCUCCCCGCUGCUGCCUUGCGACGAGAGCAGCGGCCUCUACUGCGACCGAGGCCCCGAGGACGCCGGCGGGGCCGCCGGCAUCUGCAUGGUGCUGGAGGGAGACAACUGCGUGUUUGACGGGAUGAUUUACCGCAACGGGGAGACGUUCCAGCCCAGCUGCAAGUACCAGUGCACCUGCCGAGAUGGGCAGAUCGGCUGCCUGCCCCGCUGUAACCUGGACCUGCUGCUCCCCGGCCCCGACUGCCCUUUCCCCAGAAAAAUCGAAGUCCCUGGAGAGUGCUGUGAGAAGUGGAUCUGCGACCCUAAAGAUGAAGUGAUUUUGGGAGGUUUUGCUAUGGCCGCCUACAGACAAGAGGCCACCCUUGGGAUCGAUGUGUCGGAUUCAAGCGCCAAUUGUAUCGAGCAGACAACAGAAUGGAGUGCCUGUUCCAAAAGCUGUGGAAUGGGCUUUUCUACCCGUGUCACCAACAGAAAUGAACAAUGUGAGAUGGUGAAGCAAACACGGCUAUGCGUGAUCAGGCCUUGUGAAAAUGAGGAGCCGUCUGAUAAGAAAGGGAAGAAAUGUAUCCGAACAAAGAAGUCUCUGAAAGCUGUUCACUUUGAAUACCAGAACUGCACCAGUGUGCAGACAUACAAACCUCGUUACUGCGGCCUCUGCAAUGACGGGCGAUGCUGUACCCCCCACAACACCAAAACCAUUCAAGUCGAGUUCCACUGUCCUCGGGGUAAAGUCCUAAAAAAGCCAAUGAUGCUGAUCAGCACCUGUGUCUGUCAUAACAACUGUCCUCAGAGUAACAAUGGUUUCUUCCAGCCCUUAGAUCUGACUUCUAGUGAAGCAAAAAUAUGAAGAGCAUAAAAGAAGUAGCGCAAAUGGUAUAAGUAGUUUAUACAAAACUUGACCCACAGUCAGAUGAAUGUAACAGUUGCAUAUGUAAAAUAUCUAAGAUGUUUUUCAAAACAGUCUAGGCACUUUCUUAUUUUUCCUGUAGUUUAUUAAAUACCUCAUUUUACAUUUUCCCCCUCUCAGCAUCUUUUAGUCACUUGAAGAAAAUUUUGUACCUUGGACAGAGCCGCCUUUCUUCUUCAUGGUGGCAUGAAGAUCACAAAGCGAACAGCUAGACUUUCUCCUUGAGUUAAGGGGAGCACAUGAAGAGUUUCAGUAGCUGCAAGAUGGGGUUCUUUAACAGUAAAUUGAUUCCUUGGGGAAUGCAUGUUACCAUAUCAUAAACUUGCAGGUUCUUCACUUUGCAUAACAUCUAUAAACACUUAAACAAGUGUUCUUCCAUUCUAAUGAAACUCUGUUUCUGAUGACAGUAAAAAUCUUACUGAUGGAAGUGUUGAAUUCUUGUGCCUUGUAAAAUACCUUCUCUCUACAACUCCUGCUUUCUCUGAGGAUUAAUUCUGUGCAUAGCCCCUGAAAUGACAUAGCUAAGAUCUCUGUUCCUGAAGCACUGCACAUUGAUAGCUGACAGAAAAUAAACUUCUCUUUGGUAAUUUACUAGCAGUCUAAUCCAAAACCCACCGAAGUCAGUGUCUUAGGAGGACUCAGUUCUAACCAAUGUGUGUCUGUAGAUAUAACUAUUUCGAUGCAAAAAUAAAAUUUCUGUAAAUUCCCCUACAAAUACUAACUGUAUCAUAUGGUGCUUCAUUUCUUAGAAAGGUGUACAUGUAAAUAGGAACUGUAUAUAUU